AUGAGUUCCCCAGAUGGAAACAAUCCUCCGCCCCUCUCCGACUCCACCCCAUCGAGCGAACCAAAAUUCGAUCCCACAGCCCGAUACCGCAAUUGGUUUUCCAUCCUCAUGGGCACCAUGCCCCCAUCGCAACAGAUACUCUACCGCGAAGACCAAUACGCGCGGCACGAGAAGCGCGACUGCGACCAGUGCGAAUCCUGGCGCGACUACAAUCUCAAAUACUCACCCAUUGUCAUAUUCAUGCAAAAGAACAUACGGGAACUGAACGGAAAACUAGAUGGCGAUAAUAUACGCUGCAGGAGAUGUCCGACGCGAGUGACCGAGGAUGGGAAAAUAGUAAGGCAAGGAGGCGGAUUUAGUCCCGAGCAUGGUAUCCAAUUGUGUGCGAAUGAGAUGCGCGAUAGUAAACAUGUGGAGGAUACGUUGGCGCAUGAAAUGGUUCACGCGUGGGAUCAUUUGAGGUGGAAAGUGGACUGGGGGGAUCUGCGCCAUGCUGCUUGUUCGGAGGUUAGAGCCGCAAGUCUAAGUGGAGAAUGUAGAUGGGCGAGAGAAUUCUGGACGAGAAAUAACUACAGGGUAACACAACAACAUCAGGACUGCGUACGCAGGAGAGCAGUGAAGUCGGUGCUGGCUCGACCGUGGUGUAAGGAUGAUGUUCAAGCCGUGAAGGUAGUAAAUGAGGUUUGGGAUUCGUGUUACUCGGAUACUCGACCUUUCGACGAGAUCUACAAGUGA